UUAUCAAUUUGCCAAUUGUAUUUUUUUGUAGUUUUCUUGUGGAGAAGUGCAACAAAAAGAAAAAAGAUUCCCUCUUUCUCAUCUCUCUCACUCUGCACAUCUUCAGAGGAGCUCAAAAUAAAGUAAAUCCCAAACACCACAAAACCAUUACCUCAAAUUUAAAAUUUUAUUUUUUCAAUUCAAUGCAAAACAACCUCAAAGCUUGAAACUUUCUUCAGUUUCAACUAAAACCCAACUCUCAAAUCCUUAAAAGAAACUCAUUUUUUGUUCAAUUCAAUACAAAGCAUUGAAACCAAGCUCAAAGAUUAAAACUUUCUUCAGUUUCAACUAGAACCCACAUCUCAAAUCCUAAAAAAACUCAUUGUUUCACUCAUAUUUUUUUUAAAAAAUUCAAUGCAAACCAUUGAAACCAAGUUCAAAGAUUGAAACUUUUUUUAGUUUCAACUAGAACCCACUUCUCAAAUCCUAAAAAAAAGACUCAUUUUUCACUCAUUUUAAUUCCCAAUUCAAUGCAAACCAUUAAAACCAAGUUCAAAGCUUAAAACUUUCUUAACUUCCAACCAAAACCCAUAUCUCAAACCCUUCAAAAAACCUCCAAAAACCACCAUGAUUUAAUCUAUCAAAAACACUCUACAAACCCCAUGGGUUUUCACUCAAAACCCUACCACCACCACCUCCUAUACCUCUCAUUUUUCCUCCUUCUCUUCACAAAUCUUGCUCAAUCCGGCACAGAUUACACCACAUUAGUCUACAAAGGCUGUUCCAAACAAUCAUUUCAAGAUCCAACCGGUGUAUACUCCCAAGCACUCUCAGCUCUCUUCGGUUCCUUAGUCUCCCAAUCAACCAAAACCAAGUUCUUCAAAACCACAACCGGCACCGGCUCGACCACCAUAACCGGUCUUUUCCAAUGCAGAGGUGACCUGAGCAUUGGUGACUGUUACAAAUGUGUGAGUGGACUACCAGUUUUAACUGACAAACUUUGUGGCAAAACUAUUGCAGCCAGGCUCCAGCUUUACGGGUGCUAUAUUUUGUAUGAAGUGGCUGGUUUUGCUCAAAUUUCUGGCAUGGAAAUGUUGUUCAAAACGUGCGGUGCUAAUAGUAUAGCUGGGAGUGGAUUUGAAGAGAGGAGGGAUACUGCGUUUAAUGUGGUGCAAAAUGGGGUGGUUAGUGGGCAUGGUUUUUAUACUACUAGCUACCAAUCUAUGUAUGUUUUGGGCCAGUGUGAAGGUGAUGUGGGGGAUUCUGACUGUGGUGAGUGUGUUAAAACUGCUGUUCAGAGAGCUCAAGUUGAGUGUGGGAACUCUAUUUCUGGACAGAUUUAUUUGCAUAAGUGUUUUAUUAGUUAUAGUUAUUAUCCUAAUGGAGUUCCGAGGAGGUCUUCAUCUUCUUCGGGUUCGUCGUCGUCUUCUCAUGGAUCUUCUUCAGGGCAAACUACAGGAAAGACAGUGGCAAUAAUAUUAGGAGGGGCAGCUGGAGUUGGAUUCUUGGUAAUUUGCUUGCUUUUUACAAGAGGCUUGAUGAAGAAACAUGAUGAUUUUUAAGAGGCAGAUUUAAAUCUUAAAAGAGGCAAACAUCCUUUUAAUUUAUUGAUUUUGAGGUGGAUUCUUCUUACAUUUUAUCUUCUUUGCAAUGAAAAAAAAAUGAAGGACUGUGGUGGACACAAUUUUUGGUGGAGAAUUAUAGGUAGAUAUGAUGCUAAAAUGUGGGGUCUUUUGUAAAAUUUUGGUGGCAUCCAUUAUUUUUAGAAAAAUUAUUAUUACCUCUUAAAAUUAGGUUAAAAUUACUCAUUUCCCCCAAAUUGUAAUGAAAAUUUCAGUUAAAUUUUUGAUAUUUGGAGAGAAAAUAGUAAUUUUGACAUAAUAUUAGGGUGGAUGAAAAUAAUUUUUCUAAAUAUUUUUGUUUCUUUUUACAAAGGUGAAAAAGAAAAAUGGGUUGUAUUGGCUACUUUAAUAUUUUUUUGUCAAGUGGCCAUAGUCCAUGUGGAUGUUUGUCUCUUUUUUGAGUUAUUUAGACAGUUUUUCA